AUGGCUCGAUACUAUCAGCAACACGCCUGUGAUCUUGACAUCAAUGGUGUGGACCUAGAGGACUUCAUCGAGGAAUAUAUCGAGGACUACUACCGGGCACAGAGCAGGACAAUUCCAGUCCUCAAAUUUAUUGGCAAGCCCUCUGAGAAACAUGGGCACAAAUUUAAACGCCUUCUGCACCACUUUACUAAGAAAAAGCUGCCCGCUCAUUGA